UCGCCAGCUCUCUCCCAGUCAGGAGAUCAGACUGCACUGCAGGGUAUAUCGAACGCUGUGGUUGAGGUAUUAGCGGUACUCGUCUGGAUUUGGGUUCCAUUAUCCGGUGUAGCUGGAUCUUGUUCCCAUAUUACCUCACACUACUUUUUGUACUGGUUGGAGGAAAGAAGGGAUUUAACAUCUCCCAUAAACUGGGAAAAAAUUGAAUAUUUGCGAACCAGCUGUGGAAGAGUGACACAUGCUUGCCACCAGCACUGUCAUGCACUGCUCACAGCAGCAUCUGAAAUGUUUAUGGCUUAAAUGCUCAUAAUCAGUGGCGUUUAUCUAGAUUUAGCAGAAAUAUAAUUCCUAAUUGCACUGGUGACCUGAAUGGUGUAUUACAGCAGAACGCUACACUGGCUUAGAGAUGAUGGGAACCCUGCUUACUGGACUCAUACUCUUCCUGUUUGAGGUGGGAUGUGAAAGUGAGCCGACACAUGCCGUGCCAGAAAGAGUAGAGGGCUCAAAUGGAGAAACACUGGUGUAUCUGACACCACACUGGGCUUUCCAGCUGGUCAAUGACUCGCUGUCCUUCUCUAGAGCCGACAGCUUCUGCAGAGGGCGGUUUAGCUCUCUCAUCACCUCAGACCAGAAGGAAGUUCUGGAGCUGCUUCGGCAGGCUGGACUUCAUUCCUCCGUCUGGGUCAGGGAUUCCAGCAGAGUAGCCUCCAAGCCUGUGGCGCUCUCCCAGCAGUAUUUGCAGUUCUCAGCUCUAAAGUUUCCGAAGGAGUCGCGUGAGGGCUUUGCACACGUCAACAAGUCCUUCCCAGCCCUCUCAUCUGUCAGUGUUUGUGUUCGAGUUCAGUGGGACCCAUGGUGGAGUGAGGUGUCGACCAUAUUUUCCUACGCUGCACCUGUCUUUACCAAUGAGUUCCAGCUGCGAGGCCAAGCAGACAUGCAGGGUCGCAUUUUGCUGGCGCUCAUCAUCCAUGGGAAGCACCUACCAUACAAGGCAUCCUUCCCAAAUGAUGGUGCGUGGCAUCAAAUCUGUGUCACAUGGCAGCAGAGUGGUGGCCACUGGGCUACCUAUGUGGACGGAGACAGGAAAGACACAGGCUCAGACACAGACACUUCCAGGGAUAUCUACGGUGAUGGGAUUCUGAUCCUGGGGCAGGACCAAGACUCUUUUGGCGGGAAUUUUACAGAGCCUUUCUUUGGAAAUAUAACUGACCUAAAUGUCUGGAACAUGUCUUUGGAAUCACACCAUGUCCGUCUGCUAAAUGAAUGUUCACCAGUCACCCAGGACCUGCUUUUCAGUUGGAACCUUGAGCUCCUUAGUAGCCACCCUGUGGUCAAAGAGGUGCAGGCCCGUUUGUUUUGCCCGGAGCGUUACCUGAAGAUGAAGCAGAUGAGUGACUCUCAGAGCUCUCAGCCCACUGCUUUCAUGAGCCAGCUGAUGAAGCUCUCCAACCAGAGCCAGCUGAUGCUGCCAUCAGGGCUGAGCAGCCUGGCCCAGGCAUCUGCCCUGCUUGACAUCUCUGUCCAGGCCCUGGAGGACACCCGGGACGAGGGACUGCAGCCAGCAGACAUGAUGUCCCUCAUACAGCUUCUGUCUCUAACUGCAGACGUCCCCUCACAGCCAUUUACCCAUGACACUAACUACAGCCAGGACAACAUACAGGAGCUCAGCCAGCACUUCAUCAGCUUGGCUGACAGCAUCAUCAGUGAAGAAGACACCUUAAAGUGGCAAGCCAUCAAAGAGGUGGUGAACGGCCCCAUGGAUGUGGUCAAACGCAUUGACCACAUGGUGACCAGCCUGAGCCCUCGCUUAAUGGCAGAGACCAAUCACCUAACCAUCCGCAGCCCCAACAUCAAAUUGGUGGUGCAGCAGCAGAAGCUGCAGGAAGUAUUCAGAGGAUCGAGUUUCUGUGGACCUGAAACAGAGACGCCAACCAUCCUAGACUGUAUUUCAGUCCCACAUCAGAAGAUGCAGGAUCUCCAUAACAAUGGUUUCCAUAAGCUCACGCUGGUCAACAUGUGGUACGGCUCUCUGCGGCCUUUUUUCAAUCCUGAGGAGAACAUCACCAUGGAGCCCACCGUCACUGAUGGCAGCCAAAGGUAUUUAGGCACCAUCUUGGGUUCUUCAGUCAUUUCUACCACAGUACUGGGAGAUGACCAACCAGUUAGCAUGGCAGUUCGCUUCCAGCUGCAACAUAGAGUACAGAAUCCAGAUGGUACUGUGUAUGAUCCCGUGUGUGCCUUCUGGGAUUUUAAUCUAACCCCAGACGCUGGUGGGUGGUGGAAUACCAAGGGCUGUGAAAUAGUGUCCAAGCAGUAUGGAUAUACUGUGUGCUACUGCAACCACACCACCAACUUUGCAUUACUGCUGCAGGUGUAUGAAGCCCAGAGGAGCCCAGAGAAUGAAAAAGCUCUGCAGGUGCUGACGUUCAUUGGCUGUGGAGUGUCUCUGUGUGGCCUCCUCUUCACCUUCAUCCUCUUCAUCUCCGUGGGUGUCCCUAAAUCAGACCGCACAACUGUCCAUAAGAACCUUAUAGUUGCUCUGGGAGUGGCUGAGCUGCUGUUGAUGUGCAGCAGUUGGGCUUCUGAAAACGAGACAGCAUGCUUCCUGGUGACUGCACUACUUCAUCUCUUAUUCAUGGCUUCUUUUUCCUGGAUGCUGGUGGAGGGCUUGCUACUGUGGAGUAAAGUCGUGUCUGUCAAUAUCAGCGAGGACCGCAGGAUGAAAGUCUACUAUGCCAUUGGCUGGGGUGUGCCUGUUCUGGUUGUUGGGGUAACCCUGGUGAUAUCCAUGGACAAAUACAAAGCAGACGAUCAUUGCUGGCUCAAUGUGAAGACCGAUACCAUCUGGGCCUUUGUGGGACCUGUGAUAUUUGUCUUGGCAGUCAAUGCGGUUGUGCUGUGUCGGGUUGUCAUGGUGACUGUUUCCAGCGCUCGUCGCCGUGCUAAGAUGCUCAGUCCAAGCUCAGCAUCAAAGAUGCAGACCUAUGACCUUACCUGGGCUGUGACCCGUCCAGUUCUGAUCCUGCUGCCUGUCCUGGGUCUGACCUGGCUGUGUGGCGUGCUUGUCCAUCUGUCUGUGGUAGUUGCCUAUAUUUUCAUUGCUCUCAACUCCUUCCAGGGUCUGUACAUCUUCUUAGUCUAUGCUGUUUACAACAGUGAGGUGAGGAAUGCCAUAAAGAGGAUCAAAGAAAAGAGAAAGGCCUUAUCUUUCACGAACUGCUCCCAGCCAACCAGCUUCCUACCUUCUCAGAGGACCCCGAUCACUUCCUGGGGCCACAGCCUACCGACGACCUCCAGCCCUGAGACCAGUGAGACGUCUGUACCUGCCGGCACUACUUCCACAUCCAUGGUCAUCAAGAACGAGAGUUUCAGAAAGGAGAGCUUUGUGAGUUUCUUUUUGAACCCAGGAUCCGGAAACCAAGUGGUACAGCUGACGGGGUUCAAGCCAUCAGGUUGUUGAACUACAAAUGGAGUGGAACCUAUACUCAGUAUCUACACACGCAUCUUCAUCAUCGUCAUGACGCUGAAAAAUGGAUGAAGAUGAAGCCCCGAUGCCGUCACUGUCCUCUUCUCAGAUCUCAUCAGAAUCCAUCUGAUAGUUUACUCAUUUGAUGUCUGGCAAAUGUUGGACUGAAGAGGCUUUUAAAUCCCAGGACACCAGUCCACACACAAAAAUGUGCUCUGUUCACUGUUGUUGCUCUAGAACAAUGUGCCCAUGUUUUUCAGUUCAAAGUGCAAAAUCAGAAGCAGGUUUUACGACCUCACACUUAACUGUGAGCAAAUCCAAUGUCCCACAGGUGACCCGCAGCGCAGCGAUAGAUUCUAUCAUUCCAUCUUUUGUUAAUUAGAGAAAAGGGCACAAGUGCGAUGCCAAAUCCAAAUCAGUCCCUGUAAACUCGACAGCAUUAAAAAGCAUGUUUACAGCCUGAUGCUGCUUUUCCUGACAGGCACCUGUAACCAACAGGUGUGUGCUAACUCCUCCCCCAUCAGCGUUAUCUGACAAAUACUGCGUGGGGCAGUGUGCUCCAUUUUGGUCGCAUUUAUUAGUCUGUCUUCAGCUAAGCACUAAUUAGCGCAUAUCUGUGGAUCGGGCCUGCACAGAACACCAGAACGAUCCCACCCAAAACAUUCAGGCUGCAAAAUACUGAGUCCAGAAAACACGAGGAAGCGUGUCCAUCUUUUAUAUACAGGUGCAUAUAAUCCGACACAAAUUAGUGAUGUUUCGUUUUUGUCUCGGGAGACCUUUGAGUUUGUGGCCACUUGUUCAAAUGUCUGUAGAAAUAUUUUGUCACAGUAACCUUCACCCAAAUAACAUCAGCUCGGAGGUGUUCGGCGGUGCUCCUGUUGUCAGUCAGUUAGAGCUUUUUCCAGGUUUCUGUGAUUGCAGAUCUAAAGUACCUCCCUGAAAACUGUUCAAUCAAUCAAUCAAU